AUGUCUUUGCAACAGAUGAUUGAUGAAAUAAAUGAAGAUCUUAAGCCUAAUCCUCAGGAAAUAAAGGUUGCGGCCACUUGUGAACAAAUUGCACCCUUGAACGUUAAUGAAAAAACCUUUCGUAGCCGUUCAAAAUCCGUAUCUUAUUCCUCUGUAUGGUCACGUCAAAAUGCUCCAAUGUUAAAUUUCUCCACAAAAGUACAUUCUUGGGAACCUACUCUGGAAAAAGCUAUAAAAGCCAUCGUAUCUAUAAAAGCAAAUCAUGUAAGAAGCUUUGAUACCGAAACAUCUGGUGCUUAUUCGGCCACGGGUUUCGUCGUUGAUAGAGAGAGGGGAAUAAUUUUAUCAAAUCGUCAUGUUGUGUCGCCAGCACCUAUUGUUGCUCAAGCUAUUUUUACAAAUUAUGAAGAAGUUGAAUUGCAACCUAUUUAUCGUGAUCCGGUUCAUGAUUUUGGAUUUUUGAGAUUUGAUCCAUCCAAAAUUAAGUUCAUGGAUUUAGUACAGAUUCCUCUUAGUCCUGAAAAGGCAAAAGUGGGAAUAGAAAUAAGAGUUGUUGGGAACGAUGCUGGUGAAAAAACUCCUGAUUAUGGUGUUGGUGAAUAUAAUGAUUUCAAUACCUUUUAUUUACAAGCUGCAUCUGGAACAAGUGGUGGAUCAUCAGGCAGUCCCGUGCUUGAUAUCGAGGGUAAUGCGGUUGCCCUAAAUGCCGGUGGUGCAAGUACAGCUUCAUCUAGUUAUUAUCUUCCAUUGGAUCGAGUGAAAAGAGCUCUUAAAUAUCUUCAAGAAGGAAAACAAGUUCCUCGUGGAACGCUUCAGGUAGAAUUUGAAUAUUUACCUUAUGAUGAACUUCGACGUUUGGGUCUUAAAUCAAAUAUUGAACAAGAAGUUCGUGAAAAAUAUCCAGAUGAGACUGGGUUAUUGGUGGUUCGUACAGUUUUACCCAAAGGACCAGCUGAUGGUUUACUUGUACCUGGAGAUAUAGUUAUUUAUGCGAAUAAAAAUAUGGUAACCAAUUUCACGCACUUAUUUUCAAUAAUUGAUGAUUCAAUCGGUCAAGAUAUAGAGUUAACGAUAUGUCGUGGAAAAGUUCAAAUGGGUGUUAAUCUAAGAAUUCAAGAUCUUCAUUCCAUAACGCCAAAUCGUUUUGUUGAAAUCGGUGGUGGUAUAGUUAAUGAACUUUCAUAUCAGCUUGCUCAUUCUUAUUCACAACCCGUCGGAGGUCCAUAUGUAGCUACAAGUGGUCAUAUGCUUGCUAGUGCAUCAGCUUGGCGUAAGAGUGUAAUCGUCAGUGUUAAUAGUAUUCCCACACCAAACUUGGACGCUUUCAUUGAGGCCAUGAAAACUUUACCUGAUGGGGCUAGAGUACCUUUGAGAUUUUAUUCUUUAUCCAAAGUUUAUAAGGAAAAGGUUAUGAUCAUGCACGUAGAUCGACAUUGGCACAAAUUCCAAGUAGCCGUCCGUGAUGACACAUGUGGAUUAUGGAAUUAUGAGAGCAUGCCCCCUCCUCCCGCAAUUCAUUCAUAUAAGCCCGCCACAGCACAAAUUCAAAAGUUGGAUGAGUCAUUACAACCGGCUUGCAAGAUUUGGCCUUCAUUUGUUGCGCUUGAUUUUCAUUUACCGUACCUUGUUGAUGGAAUGAAAAGUACACAGUUUUAUGGAGCAGGAGUUGUGGUGUCUACUGAGCCACCUCUGAUUAUAUGUGACCGAGAUACAAUACCGAUAAGUGUUGGUGAUAUCUUUAUAACUUUUGCCAAUAGUAUCAUUAUACCCGGAAAAUUACUUUACCUUCACCCAAUGUAUAAUUAUGCUAUUCUUACAUAUGAUAAAACAUUAUUGGGAGAGACACCCGUCAAAGCAAUUGAAUUGAGCAAUAAGGACUUGGUACAAGGUGAUACUGUUUAUUUGGUGGGAGUUGGUGGAGAUCAUUCACCUGUCAUGAAGAAAACUAUUGUCACGAGUAUUGGAAAUGUUGGAACAAAGGAGUGUAGUCCUCCAAGAUGGAGAGCCAUGAAUGUUGAAGGAAUCAGGGUGGACGACCCCGUAGGCUCGCAAGGUGGUGUGUUAUGUGAUGUUGAUGGAAAAGUGCAAGGGCUAUGGUUAAAUUAUUCUUCACAAAAUGAAAAGAAUAAGGAUAUUACAUUUAUGAGUGGACUUCCGAUAUCUUUAGUAAAACCAGCUUUAGAACCACUUAAACGUGGAGAACUUCCAAAAUUAUGUGGUUUAAAUGUAGAAUUUUGGACAAUGAGAAUAGCAGCCGCAAGAGCUCUUGGUUUAUCUGAUGAAUGGGUUAGAAAGGUUGAGACAACUCCGAAUUCAAAACAUACCUUAUUAUAUAUUUUAAAUAUACUUGAUUCAACAAGUCCUGCGGGAAAAUUAUUAGAAGUAGGAGAUAUCGUUUUAAUGAUGAAUGGUAACAUGGUGACAAGAAUGUCUGAUCUGCCUGCAGCUUUUCAUUAUUCAGAAGAGGUUGAUAUGGUAAUAUUACGUGAUGGUAAGGAGAAGAAUAUUAAAGUAGCGACGACACCCUAUUACGGAAAAGAGACAUCGCGGAUUAUAGGGUGGUCGGGCGCUCUUGUACAAGCACCAUACAAGGCGGUGUUGGAACAAGUUAAAAAUGUACCAACAGGCGUAUACGUCUCAUGCACAUUAUAUGGUUCACCAGCAUCAGUUUCAUUAAGACCAGGGAUUUGGAUUGUUGAAAUACAAGGAAGGAAAGUGAGUGAUUUGGACUCAUUUUUAGAGGCGAUACACGCGCACGAAAAAGAAAUGAAAGAAGAUGUUAACGAAUAUAAUAGUGGAUAUAUACGAAUUAAAACUAUAAGUCGCACCGAUGUUACAAAAGUUGUAGCAAUGAAAUUAGAUCCACAUUAUUGGAGUACUUGGCAAUUGGUCGAAGAUGAAGUAGCGAUAACGGGGUGGAAGUGUAUAGGAGCAUAA